AUGAAUUGCAAGGCGGUAUCCAUUAGUUUGUUGCUACUGUUGUUUGUAACAAGAGUAUAUAUUCAACCCACGUUUUCCCUGAUUUCAGAUUGUGAUGAAACAUUCAAUUAUUGGGAACCACUGAAUUUGUUGGUACGUGGAUUUGGCAAGCAAACCUGGGAAUACUCUCCCGAAUACUCUAUUAGAUCAUGGGCGUUCCUUUUACCUUUUUAUGGUAUUCUUUAUCCUAUAGAUAAAUUUACUGAACUGGAAAGCCACUGGAACUUUUUUAUUACAAGGGCAUGUUUAGGCUUUUUUAGUUUCAUCGUGGAAUUCAAAUUGCACCGUGAAAUUGCAAGCACUUUGGCAUUGCAGAUUGCGAACACCUGGAUUAUUUUCCAAUUAUUUAAUCCAGGUUGGUUCCAUGCAUCUGUCGAAUUGUUGCCAUCUGCUGUUGCCAUGUUGUUGUAUGUAAGUGCCACUACACACUCUUUGCGCUAUCUAUCGACCGGUUCUGCUUCGAAUUUUACAAAAAGUUUAGCAUACAACUUCUUGGCCAGUAUACUUGGUUGGCCGUUUGUCUUAGUCUUGAGUGUCCCUUUAUGCUUACAUUACCUUUUCCAUCAUAGAAUAAUUUCUACCAUUAGAACAGCCUUCGAUUGUAGUUUAAUUUUUUCAUUAACUGCCUUCGCUGUCAUUGCUACUGAUACUAUCUUUUACGGAAAGCUUGCUCCUGUGUCAUGGAACAUCUUAUUUUAUAAUGUCAUUAAUGCAAGUGAAGAAGCCGGUCCGAAUAUUUUCGGUGUUGAACCAUGGUACUACUAUCCAUUAAAUUUGAUUUUGAAUUUCCCAUUGCCCGUUUUACUUUUAGCUAUCCUAGGAAUUUUCCAUUUAAGGUUAUGGCCAUUAUGGGCUUCCUUAUUCGCAUGGAUUGCGAUCUUUAUUCAACAGCCUCACAAAGAAGAAAGAUUUCUUUAUCCAGUUUACGGUUUGAUAACUUUGAGUGCAAGUAUAGCUUUCUACAAAUUUUUAAGUUUUUUCAAUAAGAAAACUGUUUUGAAGAAGGGAAUAAGACUAUCAGUAUUAUUGAUCGUUGCACUUCAAGGCAUGUCACGUAUUGUCGCCUUGGUUAAUAAUUAUACAGCUCCCUUAGCCGUUUAUGAACAGCUCUCUUCCCUCAAUCAAGGUGGCGUAAAAUCACCAGUAGUGAACGUAUGUACUGGCCGUGAAUGGUAUCACUUUCCAAAUUCCUUCCUUUUGCCAGAUAACCAUAGGCUAAAAUUUGUUAAAUCUGGGUUCGAUGGUCUUUUGCCUGGUGAUUUCCCAGAAAAGGGCUCUAUUUUCAAAAAGAUUAGAUCCGUGCCAAAGGGAAUGAACAAUAAAAACAUUUACGAUGUUGGCAAGGAAUGGCCUCUUGCUAAAUGUGAUUAUUUUGUUGACAUUGUAGCACCAAUAGACUUAACCAAAGAUGUUUUCAACCCAUUACAUCUUACAGACAACUGGAAUAAACUAGCAUGUGCUGCAUUCAUUGAUGCAGAAAAUUCUAAGAUUUUAGGCAGGGCGUAUUAUGUACCAGAAUUCAUCAACCAAAUUAUGCAAACAGUUUUACCAAAACAGUGGAAUCAAGUCUAUGGUGUUCGUUACAUUGAUUAUUGUUUGUUUGAAAAACCAACCGAAACUAUCAACUGA